AGAGAAGCCAGGUAGGCUACAGUCCAUGGGGUUGCAAAAGAGUUGGACACGAUUUAGCAAUUAAACAAUUUCGGGGCCUACCUUUCCUGGGAUCAGCAUCUCUCCUUUGGGGAUUCUGUGUUGGCACAGAGGGUGGCAGGUUCCCCUGUUGGCAGCCUUCUCCCAGAUUGGGAGUCAAGGAACUUGACUCGAAUGUCAUUCUCUCUCAGCAGGACCUAAAUAAGCCAUAUCACCUCUCUAAAGCUCACUGGCUCUUUUGGCAAAUAAGAGCACUUCAUUAAGAGUCCUCCAGUUGAUAACAACAGUAGUAAUAAUCACAAUAGCUGCUUCUGUGUAUUGCAUGCUUACUCUGUGCCAAGCGCUCUGCUAAGCCCUUGACAUUCAGGAGCCAAUUUGAUUCUCCAUCAACCUUGAGAGGCAGGGUCUAUGAAUAUAGACCCAUUUUACAGAUGAGGACCCUGAGGCACAGUGAAGUUCAGUAUCUUUUUCAAGAUACAUGGCUGGUUAGUGGUGGAGGCAGAAUUUGAGUCCGAGUAUGCCCAGCACUUGCUCUUGACUGUUCCACAGCUAGGACAGUCUGGAAUUCUGUGGGUUCCAUGUUCACACGUCCCCACCAUGCUGUGGCUUCAAAAGGGACAGCAGGGUAAGGAUGAAGAACACAGGUGUACCUGGGCACUCACACCAAGCCAGCCUGCCUGGGUGUUUCCUUCAGUGGUUUAACUUUCACUCUAUACCAGAUCUUUUGCUCAACUCUUCAUAUGCAUCAUUUAGUUCUUAGGACAAACUUAUCAGGUUAGUGCUAUUCUACCCAUUUCACAGAAAGGGAAGUUGAGGCCCAGCAAACUCAAUGGCUUCCCCAAAGUCUUACAGGAAAAUUCAAACCCAAGUCUGCCUAGUCCCUAAAUGUGUGCUCUUUCCACCUGUCCCUUCCUCAACAAGAUACCAGCCACACUGACCUAUGCUCUCCCUCUCCUGUCUCCCCUAGCCUCCAGCUGCGGGGCCCCCAUCUUCCAGCCCAACCUAUCAGCCCGUGUGGUGGGAGGAGAGGACGCCAUUCCCCACAGCUGGCCCUGGCAGAUCUCCCUCCAGUACCUCAAGGAUAACACGUGGAGGCACACCUGUGGCGGCAGCCUGAUCACCCCCAACCACGUGCUCACAGCUGCCCACUGCAUCAGCAACACUCUGACCUACCGUGUGGCCCUGGGGAAGAACAACCUGGAGGUGGAGGACGAGGCAGGCUCCCUCUACGUGGGUGUGGACACCAUCUUUGUCCAUGAAAAGUGGAACUCCUUCCUAGUUCGCAAUGACAUUGCCCUUAUCAAGCUGGCAGAGACCGUGGAACUGAGUGACACAAUCCAGGUGGCCUGCAUGCCAGAGGAGGGCUCCUUGCUGCCUCAGGACUACCCCUGCUAUGUCACUGGCUGGGGCCGUCUCUACAACAACGGCCCCAUUGCCGCCGAGCUGCAGCAGGGCCUGCAGCCCGUGGUGGAUUAUGCCACGUGCUCCCAGAGAGACUGGUGGGGCACCACGGUGAAGGAAACCAUGGUCUGUGCCGGGGGCGACGGAGUGAUCUCAGCCUGCAACGGUCCCCUACACAACUCCCAGCAUCUUCACCUCUCUGGACAGCUCAGACUCAGGCAAGGGACACUGAGGCACAGAGAAGGUUCUCAUCAUCCCAAGAUCACACAGCAAACCAAGACUCAAUCUGAUACUUUAGGGCUCCCCUAGGAUAAAGGUCAAGUCACUCCCAAACCAUAUCUUAUCUGCCUCCCUCACUAUGGACAAGCUGAGGCCAAAACAGGAGGUACCAAGGCAGAGAGGCCAACUCCAUGCCCCACUCUGACCCGACCCUGUGGCCCAAGCCUCCCUCUGACGCCCACCCCAUCUGGUGCAGGGGGACUCGGGCGGUCCCCUGAACUGCCAAGCCGAGAACGGCAACUGGGAUGUGCGAGGCAUUGUCAGCUUCGGCUCCGGGCUGGGCUGCAACACCUUCAAGAAGCCGACGGUCUUCACCCGUGUGUCUGCCUACAUCGA